UGACGGGACGAAAAGAACCAUGGCAUCUUUGGGGUUGCAGAUUUUAGGAGUUGCCCUUUCGUUUGUUGGGUUGCUGGGGUCUAUUAUAACCUGCGUCCUUCCUAUGUGGAGGGUUACAGCUUUCAUUGGCAACAACAUCGUGACGGCGCAGAUCAUUUGGGAGGGACUGUGGAUGGUCUGUGUGGUUCAGAGCACGGGACACAUCCAGUGCAAAGUGUACGAUUCAAUGCUCGCCCUGUCCCCGGACCUGCAAGCCGCGCGCGCUUUGCUUGUCCUCUCCAUCGUGCUCUCUGUCUUCGGCAUUCUCCUGGCGGUUGUAGGAGGGAAAUGCACCACCUGUAUCGAGAACAAAGCCUCGAAGGCAAGAGUUGUCAUAUCUGCAGGGGUGUUUUUCAUCAUUAGUGGACUGCUGUGUCUCACACCCGUCUCCUGGUCGGCGCACACCAUUAUCCGAGAUUUCUACAACCCGCUCGUGUCUGACGUGCAGAGACGGGAGCUCGGGGCGUCGCUCUACACGGGCUGGGCCGCCGCGGGGCUGCUGCUCACCGGGGGCGCGAUACUGUGCUGCCAGUGCCAGCAGAAAGAGGAACGAGCAUUCGUCCCCAAAUACCCGGCACCGAAAUCAAACGCAUCGGAAAAAGAAUAUGUGUAAUACCUAAUU